AAUUCACAAUGAUUGGUAGUCUAUGGAAGUGAAUAAACAAACAUACAGAAUCUAAUCAACAAUCGAAUUCAAUAAGCCUCACAACUAGCUGACGAUUGAAUACAAGUACACUAUUCUAAACACAAGAAACAACUUUGGAAGUAUUGCUUGUCAUGAUUGAAAAUCUUGAAUGGAAUUCCAUUGAUGGAGUCAACAUGGUAGAUCAGAUGGAACAUGUCAAUCGUUUACUGGUUGUAUCGACAUACACUAAAUUAGUGCUUAUACUUGUUGCAAUACAAAUAUCGGUAACAUUGUUUGUUUUAAUGAUCUUGUCAGUACUUAGGAUAAAAUUUCCAUAUGGCGCGCAAUUGAUACCAUCAAUUAUUUCUGGUUUGUUCUUUUUGAUUGCACUUGUGGUAUUCUUUUUGAUUGCCUUCGUGAAGAAAAUAGAUGACAAUUAUCUACUAAAUCUCGCACUUGUAAUUGUUUACUCUAUCUGCAUGGCAACAGCAUUAGGAGUUUUGACUACACAGCUAAAUCCUCAAGUCAAACUUGCAGUCUUUGGAAUCAGUUUGGUGUUAUUCGCAUGUGCAUUACUGUUUGGUGCAGCGAUUAAAACAGAUUUAUUUGAUCACCCGAUGAGUAUUCUAAUAUUCCUUUUGGUUAUAUCCGUUGUAAUUGUGAUAGUAGCGGUUGUGCUUAGUGUUUUUAAUCAAUGCAAGUAUUAUACGAUCGGUGUUUACAUAGGUGCACAAAUACUAUUGUUCAUUAUAACGGUAUUUAUAAGUUAUGUAACUGUUGGCAAAUCAAGGAAUCUUCUCUUUUAUCCAAAUUAUUCACUGGCAGCCAUAUUAUUGUAUGUCAUGUUCUUUUCAACUUUAUUAAUCAAUGCGAAUAUAAAAAUGACAUUAACAAGACUGAAAGUUGUAUAUUCCAAUUCCAGUUCCAAAUUAACAUGAACAUUACAUUAAUAUUGGAUAGAAAUCACAAAGUCUGUUUCUCGAUUGUUUGUUUGUUUGUAAUUUCUUUGCUAUUCCUUUGAAGUUGAACUCUGGACCGAUGGGAACCUUUAUGGUUUUGCUGUUAUUGUUAUUUAAGUAUCGAUUCAAUUAAAAAUGUGUUUGUGUGUGUGUAAACUGACUACAUGCCUGUAUUUUGUUCUAAAGUUACGUAUAAUAUGAUGAUUUUGAAAAUAGUAAUGUGAUUUUAGUGAUGUUAUCCAUCUUCAAUUUAGAUUACUGUACUUAGAUAAGGAUUAUAUGAAAAGAAUGAUUGUCAUUAGAAUAAUUAUUAUACGUGAGUCGUAUAUCCUAGAGUUGUGACGAGAAGCCAUGAUCAUUGGAGUUCAAUACAUGUAUGCAAAUAUGAG